AUGGGCAGGCGCAGACGGAGGAAGAAGAAGGCCGGCGGAGCAGCGGCGGCGACCGGGACCCCGGCAACCGCAGCGGCGGCAAAGGCCGCAGCCUCGGAUCCUUUGGCCAACUAUGAGCCGGUCCCGCUGGCAGCCGAGGACGAGCGGCGGAAGGGCAACAAGCAGUACCACCGCAAGAACUACGCCGCAGCAGUGUACCACUACACUCGAUCUAUUUCCGGCGCCGCUAAGAACCCAUCGUUCCUCGGCGUGCUCUUUGCCAAUCGCGCUGCUGCCCACAUUGGGCUCAAGCAUUACCAGGCUUGCGUCGACGACUGCACCGCAGCGCUCUCGCUAGACCCCAAGUCGGUCAAGGCCCAUGGGCGCCGCGCGUACGCGCUGUACUCACUCAAGCGGUACGCCGACGCUGUGGCCGACUACGAGGCUGUCCUCAAGCUCGAUCCCGACAACGUGCAAGUCCGCGACAACCUCGAGUGCGCGCUCCGCCAGCUGGACUUGGCAUCCAAGCGCGACGUUGCCGGCGGCCUGAGCGCCAAGGCCAAGGGCGGUGGGGGUAAGCGGACGCGGACGCCGUCGGGCGGGUCGAAGCGCGACCACGACCGACCGCCGCUGCCGCCGCUGGAGCGCAUCCCACUCGCCUCGUGCUCGACGUCUGUCUACGCGCUGGCAUGCCUUGAAGCUGCUGCACCGGACCCCGAGACGCUCAUCUACCCGAUUGCGCUCGACGCAGCGGCCGCCGCUGGCGCCAGCCACAGUUUGGCGGCCGAUGCCAAGGCCUCGCCGGCGGUGCUCGACUGGAUGGCGUCGUCGCUGUAUGCGUUGCACUACCCGUACGGUCCGAUGAGCGGAGGCAACGUCGGCGCAGCGCCGGCUCCAGCUGAAGAGCUCGUGCCUGUUCCGGCAGCGAGCACAGGCCGCGGAGCCGGCGGCGACGGUGCGCUGCCGCGGCCGGGCCGCGAACGUACGCUGUCGGGCGGUGCCGAGACGUCGCGAAGCCGGCGGCGCGGGCGCAACAAGCGUCGGUCGUCGACCGGGAGCUCAGCCAAGGCUGACGGUGACGGCGGCGACGGCAAUGACGGCAGUGGCGGCGAUGGCGGUGGCGGCGACGAUGGGCCGCGGGCGUCGGUCCUAGUUCCGGUCAGCGACGCCAACGUUGCCCGGGCCAUGGCCAUCAAGGUCGAGGGCAACAGCCGCUUUGCGGUCGGUGACCUUGACGCGGCGCUCGAGCACUACACCCGUGCGAUUGAGAUCAACCCCAACGAGGGUGUGUUUUACUCGAACCGGGCCCAGGUCCACCUCAAGCAGGAGUCGUACUACGAUGCCAUCCAUGACUGUGCCAAGUCGAUUGAGCGCGGGCCAACGUUCAAGGCGUACCUGCGGCGGGCCAAGGCUUGGCACGCGCUGCGGGCGUUUGAGGAGGCCUCGCGCGACUAUGUCACUGCGUUGCGGUACGGAGCGCGGUACUCGGACGUGCGGCCUGGCCUCGAGCAGUGCCUGUACGAGAUCGAGAUGGGCUUCUUUGAGACGUACGCCAUGAACACGGGCGUUGACACGACGCUCGUUCAGCUCAUCCACUACGUUCAGUCCAAGAUGUCGGGCAUGGCGUACGACGUUGGCGCCAUCGACAAGCACGACAUCGAGCGGCUGGCGUCGUGCGUGUACUCGAUCUGCGAGGUUGCUGCAGAGUUUCCGUUUUGGGACUACGAGGACGAGACCGCAGUGCCAGUCGCGGCCGAGGCGCCGGCGCCCGCCGGCGAAGACUCGCCGUGGACGCUCUCGACCUUUCUCAAGAUGGCGCUCGACUCGGAGCUUUCGGCCGGGCUCGACCUCUCGUCGUGGGAGCAAAACCCGCGGUUGGUCGCGAUCAUGGACGACUACAUCCGCCGCGGUGUGAUUAUCGACGACCGGACUCAGGCCAAGGACGGCACUGCUGGCCGGCCCAGCAAUGCAGCAGCGCCUGAAGCCAGCACCGCUGCGGCCGCGCCGCCGCGGAUCAGUGCUGCUGCGUCGGCUGCACUCGGCGCCGCCCUCCUCGGAGCCAAUCGCGGACUCAACUCGGGCGAGAUCCCGCUGUCGUCGGACGACAUCCAGGCCUUUGUCUCGCUCCUCACCGAGUCGGCAAUGUGUGCAGCGUUUUCGGUUGUGGCCGACUUUCUGGAAGUUGCCAUUCCAGACGCAUCGGACGACUCGCAGUUUCUUGCGCUCGUCAACGAGACCUCACACUUUCAGGCCGACGAACCGCUGCGCGUGGCGUUCCAGGCUGCCCAGACGAUGCUCAAGAUGAAGGGCGGAGGCGAGGCGCUCGCGCCCGAGGCCAUUGUCAGCAAGCUCAACAAGGUGCUUGUGGCUCAGCCGCCGCCGGCCAUGCUCGAGGCUAACUACGUCCGCGCUCUGGUCUACCUCGUCCGGGCUCAUGCCAAGGGUCCUGUUCCGGACGUCAGCGACCUGCGGCUUGCCGCCGAGUGCGAGCCUGAGUCGGCCUUUGUCCAGGGCCUCAUUCUUGCGGCCCAGAAGCAGGCCGAGCUCCGUGACAUCCGCCCGGAUCGGCGUUGA